AUGACGCGGCGUUCACAUUUCCAGACCGGUCGCAGACCUCGAGGUUAUCCUGGCUUUCGACUAGACGAGACACGUGUCACGGGUCCAAUAUCUUUCCUCAACCCCACCGCAGCACAUUACAAACCAAUCCAGCCGUCAGAAGAGACUCGCCCUCCUCCACAAAUCGAGCGCCUCUGGCGAUCUCGCGACAACAGAAAAGGCCGACAUGCUAUCCGCGUUGAUACGGAGGCCCUGCCUCAUGAAACCGGAAUCAAAGUACCCCCACUUACGCGGUCGUUUUCAGCAGUAGCCAAGAUUAUACUCAAGAUGGUGACCUACGUCCCUUAUUGGGACGUGUCGUAUCUAGUCGCUAUGAGUUUCACUAUCGGGUCCGCAGUCUUCAUCAUCAACGGAUUCUUUGUGUGGUUACCGCUCGCAGACAGGAAGACCGAAUUCCACGGUGAAAUUGACGUUGCUGGUGGUUGGACAGGGUUCGUCGGCGCGACCAUUUUUGAAAUCGGAGGUGUCUUGCUGAUGUUGGAAGCUUUUAAUACCAAUCAUACUGGAUGCUUUGGCUGGGCGCUUCAGACUGUCGUCGAGAAAUCUGUUGAGGAGGGGUCCCCCACCAUGCAAUCAAGGAGCUUACACCGAAGUUAUCGAGGUGUGAGCAUCAUCAGGCCAAUCACAAAUCAUUUCUCCGAGAAAAACACUUUCAUCAUGGUGGCGGCAGUGUCCAUCAUCAUGCUAGUGACAGUGCCCAUCUUCAUCGGGAUGGCACAGGCUACGUUAGUUCGUCCACAGAUGGCAGGACAUUCCGGUGGAUCCCUUCGAUCUUCUUUCAUCCUCUUUGUGAGCGCAACGAUCUUCUGGAUUGGUGCAAUUGUUGGUGUGCCUGGUAUCUUUAACCACUUGAGCAAGGGAGUCCUUGAUGGCCUCUACUGGGGUACCACGACUCUUGGCGGGCUGGGGUUCACGGUGAGCUCAUACAUGUACAUGCUUGAAACGCAGUCAAGGUGGUAUAUCCCUGCUUGGCAUAUUCUAGGUUGGCACAUUGGGCUCUGGAAUCUGAUUGGCAGUGUUGGCUUUACUCUUUGUGGCGCACUGGGGCCAGCGAGUAACAACUCUGGCGCGAAUUUCCAAUCUUCCCUCGCUACAUUCUGGGGCUCGGUGGCUUUCAUGAUAGGUUCUAUGAUCCAGUGGUAUGAGAGUUUGCAGAAACACCCUGUCGAGAAAAAGUGA